UAAUGGGGAGAAUUUUGUGGUUGGCUCUGUUUUUUGCUAUGGUGAUAGUUGGAUUGAUCAGAGCCGAAGAAGGAGGAGGCGCCUCCACCACCAACGCCACCAACGCCGCCACCACCACCACCACCUCGUCGUUAAAAAGUUCUGAUCUUCCGCAAAGGAACGACGAACAUAAUGGAGGUAAAAGUGGCAAGACCUACAAUGAUGUAGUGGUGAAAGACAAGAAGAAGAACAAUGGAGGAGGAGGUGGUGGUGGCGGAGUUGGAUGGGGUUGGGGUGGUGGCGGAGGUGGUGGGAACCGUAAUGGAGGUUGGGGAUGGGGAAAUGGAGGAGGUGGCGGUGUUUUUUGGCGAUGGGGCUGCAACGGUGGGAAGCAUCAUCGUUCUGGCAAGACGAGAGUCUUCCCGAAGGAGGACUAUGCUAUGGGAGAGUUUGCACAAUGCAUGGUGAAGGGAAGGUGUAGGGGAAUGCGGUUGGAUUGUCCAUUGCAUUGUGGAGGGCCUUGUGUGUAUGAUUGUAGGAAUAUGUGCAAGGCUCAUUGCCAAAAAUAGUCCACUGCAUUAUUUCAAUUACUUACAAGAUAUUGGUUGUCUUGCUUUAACUUGGUUAGAUGUUUGUUUGUUUGUUUGUUUUCAUGUAUUUGCAUGUAAUGUGUCGUUAUUAGUGGAUGCAUGUCUUUUGUGAUCAAAAGGGUUGUGAAACCAAUUUUAUUGUAAUCAAUUUGUUAAGAGACAGUUGGGACUUGGGCAGUUACUAACUUUAAUUUUUGA